UUUUCAAUUAUAUUCGUCGUGCUUGAAGUUGUGAUUCCAUAACAUAACGCUGAAUUUAUGUUUGGAGAAAAACUUGUUGCCAACCAAUACAAUUAGAGAUGAUACACAGUGUCACCAAGUUAUUAUUUACAGGAAGUCUAAGUUCCAGUUGUAUUUGACCGAAAGAUAUUUAUCUGUUUAUUUUGAUAAAGUUCAAUUUAACCCUACGGUAGCAAUGCUAAAGUUUGGAGUCAGAACGCUGUAUCUAAGGAGGUGAUUUUCAUUCCUACAAAACUCAAUUUCUGUAUUAUUUUCUAUAAUUAUUUUUUCAAAGAAUUUGUCAACAUUUUCUAAUGAUGAACGCGUCAUAGCUUUAUGUCAGAAAUUGGCAGUGUUUAAAAGCUGCAGAGAUAAUGAGAUGUCGGCUAUUGUUGAUUGUAGUUUUAAAUAGACAGAUUACCAUUCUCUUUAGAAUUGAGAUAAGAGCAAGGAAAUGCUAGAGCUUACAUCAUAAAAACCUCAGCCGAUCCAAAUUUUUCCAGUCUACUGGAAGUGUCUGGCUUGAUUGGUCCAUCAGAGUUCAAAACAAUUAUACGCAUAUAUUUUAUUUUUAACUGAAAUUGGUAAAGAGUUACACAUAUUUCAACUGCUACUUAUCUUUACAGAUUUAUCUUAUAAUCGUUGUUACAUCAAGUGGCGAAGUUAUCCGAGCGACAGUGGUCAAAAUGAUCGAAAAGCCAGAGUCCCUGGAUAUAUGGACAAUUCAAGAUGUUUUUCUAACACCACCGACAAGUCCUUGCCUCGCAGAAAUGCAUAUUGGAGAUCUAGAAUCAAUUGAUGACAUAUCCGCACCUACAUUUAGGAAAACUGAAUCAAUGAUUAUUAAAGACUGCAUGUGGGGUGCUUCAGAAAAUCACGGCUCUAGAUUUCGAGAACAUGCGUACACGAGGAGUUACGUUGGGGAACUCCCUCUACCAGGGAAACUUCCCGCUUUUAUGGACAACUCCGAAAUCUCAAGCAAAUUCCUUCACACUGUGGAUCCAGCUGAAGUUUUUCCUUCUGUUUCCGCUUUAGAAGAAAGAAUUGCACUCAGAGACAUUAGUUCACCAGAAUCAGACGAAGAAAGCGAUGCGGAUGUCGACGUUGUGACGGUAGAUACAAAAGCAGCGGAGAUGAAGGCUCUGCAACAGUCAGUGGAAAUAUUAACUCCGCCAAACACACCCGACUCAGAGCCAACAGAAAAUACAAAGAUUUUCAAUGACGCAGCCCCAAUGGAAGUUGUCGUUACAACAAGAACUAGCCAAUCGCCUGCUAACGACAGCAGUGUAUCAGAGAACGUCAGUAAGCGAUCGAAAGAAGUCACUGCACUAAGCGAACGCUUUUCCCGCGCGUCACAUAAUGUCCUCGAGAGAAAACGCAGAAACGAGCUAAAAGGAAAAUUCUACAGUUUGCGAGACUGUAUUCCAGAUCUUUCCGGCAACAAGAAAAUACCGAAAGUGGUUAUUUUGAAAAAGGCCAUCAGUUACAUUGAGUCGAUCAAAGGUGAAGAAAGCACUUUAAAAACAGAGUUGCAGCGACAUAGGAAGACAAAUCAAGAACUACGGAGGCGUUUGUCUGCUAUUCUUAAAGAUAAAUCGAGAUAAGUUGAUUGGCUGGCUCAACAAUCCUUGUUUCCUGAUAGGUUGCAAUGUGUAAAAAAUUACGGUGCUAGCAAAUUACCUAUGUUGUAAUUUGCUUAAGACACUGUAAACUAUCAUCAAUAGUUUCUGGACCUGGGUGCUGCCUCGUCUUGGUGUCUUUGCCUUACAUCUGCUGCCUCGUAUUGGUGUAUUUGCUUUACAUCAACUGCCUCGUAUUGGUGUAUUUGCCUAACAUCAGCUGCCUCGUGUAGAGAAUGAAUUUAUCCAGCUUAAUGCUUAGCACAUUGAUUCUGUAAAUCACAGUAGUGCAUAGAAAACAGACGAUUUUAGAUCUAACCAUCUUUGCAGCACAAUUUGUCGUGUUCACCAAGAUACGAACUGUCCUCUUGGUUGAAGAAUCCAAACUAAUCUUCAUAUUUGCUGGUUUAUAUAAUAUUCGUGAACAUUUUCUGAAUAUAUGCCAUUUUGAUAAUUUUUGUAAGUUUUUAAACAACUUUGUAGUUCCAUAGGAUCAUUGUUAAUCGUUUAAUCCAAGUAUGUAUCAUUUGUAGUUAGGCAUCGAACCCGCCUGUUAGUUUGAAUUUUAAAUCUUGAUAUUGUGUUAAUCAGUUAAAUGUACGUAACCACCCUGUAGAGAGUAGUUUGUAAGUUACCAUUAGAAGUUUACGUUUAGCCGGGUGUCCCCCUUUUUUGGCCUUGAACUUUUUAUACUAGUGUAUGGCCAUCAUAAGCGCUUCCAUGUGGAAUUAUUUUUUGUUUCAUGUCGUUUAGAAGUUAGUUUUGUUUUUGUUUUUUUGUUGCGGCACAAACUGCGAACCCCCGCACAAUCAUUUUAUCGAAGAUGUUUUAGGCCAAGGCUUCCAUAAAUGCUCCAACGAACUAACCAUUUUCGAACUUUGUACGAACUAUUUUCAUUAUAUGAUUUCAUUAAUGUGGACAAUUUUGAUAAAUUAAAGCUUUUAAAAGAGUUUUAAUUCUUAGCAAAGAAUUAUUUUGGCUGUUCUGGAACAAUUCCUCCUGUCAUCAUAUGUCGACAAGCCUAAUGCGGGGAAGGGGCUGUAUACCCCCUAUAUUACGUAUGCCAAAAUACGCAUUUGCAAACAGUUUAUUGUUUUUUCUAGUAUUUUUUACCACGUAUAAUCGUUGAAUGUUAGGAUUGUCUAGUUUGUUUUGUGUGUCGCAGUUAGACGUAGUUAUUUGUAGAAUCGUGCAUUUAAGAAUGAUCGUAUAACCGAAUAUAUAUAUAAAUAUAUGAAUAUAUAAAUAUAGUAGAUAGACUCGUAUUUUAUUUAACACAUCUAGUGGCGGUGCUGGCUUAAGGAAUUGUUGCAUAGAGUAUAAUGACCCUCGUCUUUGAAUUGUCUUGUUUUGUAUACCAAAUGGAUCCCUACCUUAAUUUUUUGUGGUAUGUACAAGAAGUGACAUGACGUUUGCUUGCAAUGUAUUUGAGUACUGCACAUUGGCAAAUCGUUGUGGAAAACCGCUAGUCAAACCCAGAUAUUCAAGCUCUUUUUUGAGGUAUGUCUAAAACUAAUGUUGACCAAACAUGCAUGGGACAUUUACCCCUAAAAAUCCCUCCGUCAACGCCGCCAUUAAACCAAUUGUGAUAAGGCUACCCCGAAACUGUUUAAAACUUAAUCAAAAAAGGAUUUAAAUCCUUCGGUUUGCAGUAACUAAUGUUAUUGCCACCUAUGUUGUCUUGAGGAUAUGUCUUUUGGUAUAUUAGAUAAGAGCUUUUGAGUUUGGGAUAGUUUUAUGACACUUUAUUCAUUACCUCCGGGAACAGUGUUGCUUUACCAUCGGUAACAGUACUGCAAUACCCUAGUUUUUAACAAGGUUGAGUUAGCGAACUGUAGUGCUAGUUGUGUUUAAAGCCGGGGGACUCUUUUAACAUGCACAUGCAAGCUUUUAUUUAGAUUAUUGCUAUAAAUAUUUGUAACUUUGUAAAGACCAUCUUUGUAAUUUUUCUGUUAAGAACAUUUUGACGUAUAGUAAAGACAAGUGUGGUUGGACGAGGUGUGGAAUAAAACAAAGAAAAAGCUAGA